GUCUCUUUCUAACAAUCUUGCAACAUAGCAUGCAAACCAGACAAUUGGCUAGACGUGUCAUACUAUCACCUUCCAUUCAAAUAAAAAGAAUGUUAUCCAUCACACAAUAUGUUCGUCAUGAAAUAGCCACAGCCACAACUGCAACUGCUGCUACUGCUACUUCUGUUGUUUCAGAUGUGCAUGAAAAACAAGUUGCUACAGAUAGUCCUUCAAUUGGAACCAUCCCCGGUUGGGACCGUGGUGGAAGAAAACAAGAUAAGUCACUCACAGCAUUGUAUGCAACCAUCCGUCGACUCAUAGACAAGAAUCCUGGAUCCGCUAGUCUUGUACAAGUGGGGAGUUUCUACGAAAUGUACUUUGAACAGGCCGAACAAUACGCUCCGAAACUUGGACUCAAACUUGCAAUUAAACGAACUAAGAACUAUGCUAUACCAAUGGCAGGAUUCCCACUUUCCCAGCUACGCAAGUAUGUCGAGAUUUUAGUUCAUGAAAUUGGUGUGAAUGUUGCAAUUAUCGAACAGUAUCCUACGUCAGAUGCAGUGCAACUAAAUAACUUGAUACACCGUAAGAUCAGCAGAAUUGUGUCUCCGGGGACACUCAUCGACGAAUCAUUCCUUAACUACAAUUCCAACAACUACUUGCUCGCCAUUUCAUUCCCACCUCACCUUACUGAUCUUCCCCCAGACCCGCAAACUCCCGUGGGGCUAGCCUGGGUUGACAUUUCCGUAGGUGAAUCCUUCAUCCAACAAACCACACUAAAAGACCUCAGUGCUGACAUCUCGCGUAUCUCGCCCAGCGAGAUCCUCCUCACUCAGGACUGUCAACCACUCGAACUCCACACGGGAAAAUGGGAAUCAUCACUCCAGAUCCUCCGGAAGUACUUUCUUCGAUAUCACUCCGCCCAACAUUCCGACCUUAAGCUACAAUUCAAAUCUAGUCUCCAAGCUACUCGUAGAGCACUUCAAAACUUGUCAGUACGUGACCAUUCCGCAUUGAACAUGAUCCUCUCUUAUGUCAGGAUCAACCUCCCCGAGGCUAAUUUCAGCCUUGAGCUCCCCACUUACUAUUACAACAAAAAUGUGCUUCAGAUGGAUCCUCGUACUCGAGAGGCACUUGAAUUGACCGAGAGAUCAGUUAAUGGUCGUGCGUCCGUCAUUGGUUCCUUUCUCACUACCAUCCGGGAAACUGCCACGGCUUCAGGAUCGAGACUUUUAACACAAUGGAUAAAGUCGCCUAUUCUUGACAUUCGCGAACUCCAACGCCGCCAGGGUUACGUCAAGUUGUUCUUGGACUAUCCGAUGUUGAGAAGGACAAUGAGGAUGCAUUUGAGUCAGAUUGGUGAUUUCAUCAGGUUUGUCCAGAGAUUGACAGUAGGCACCGGAGAUGACGUCGUGCAAUUGGUGAGCAUUGCUGAUAGUUUAUCCAAGUUGCAAAAGUUGGAAGAGUACUUGAAGGAGGAAUAUGCAAAACAGAAGGACAUGACUGUGUUGGGUGAUUUCUUGAAGAAGUUUCACGUACCCACCGGAAUUGCCGAUGAAAUUCACAAAACUAUCUAUAUUAAACCGGUGAUUAAAGUUGAAGAUAGUGAAGAAAAGGUAGAUGAACUGGAUGAAUCUGCCUUGGAGAUGGACAUGGACAAGUACCGAAUUAAGCAGACCGAUGAGUUAUCUAACGAACCUGACUUUUCAUUCUCGGUCAAUCGAGACUUUAAUGAAACCCUUUCCAAGCUUCAUAGCGACCUUGACAAUCUUGAAAGAAAAGAACAGGUACAAAUAGCCAACGUACAACAGAUUCUCACCGAAAUCGACCCUAAGCUUACCGUGUCCAAGAAGGAGCAAUACGGAAGAUACUCAGAUGUACUAUACAUAUCAGGCAAGCAAAAGUCCAUAGUAACCGCAUUUGAAAAGUUUGACCAGGACGUACGUGAACGAAAGCAAAAGUCAUUCAUUUAUAAACCGAAAGAAUGGGACGACUUACAGCGGAAAAUCCAUGAGAUCCAUAAUGCCAUUGUCAGCGAAGAACGGAAAAUCAUUGAGUACUUAAAAGUCAAGGUCAUUGAUGAAAUUCCUGCUAUUCGUCACGUUUCUCGUCUUGUCGAUUUUCUUGAUGUUACUUCAUCAUUUUCUAUUCUCGCACAAGAAAACCAUUGGACUUGUCCUGAACUUACAGACUCACCCUGUCUUGAAAUCAAGCAGGGCCGCCAUGUUGUUGUCGAAUCUAGUCUUCGUGAAGGUGGAGGCAACUUCACACCAAAUAAUACGAACCUAGGCACAGAUGGCAAGCUCUGGGUGAUUUCUGGUCCUAAUAUGGGUGGAAAGAGUACAUUCUUGCGUCAGAACGCUCUUAUUGUGAUUCUUGCCCAGAUUGGUUCCUAUGUUCCUUGUGAAUACGCCAAAGUCGGGAUUGUGGAUAAGAUAUUCACGAGGAUUGGUGCUAGUGAUGAUCUCUUCAAUGAUUUGAGUACAUUCAUGGUGGAGAUGGUGGAAACUAGUAAUAUCUUGCGUAAUGCAAGCUCGCGAUCGCUUGCGAUCGUUGAUGAAAUAGGAAGAGGAACGAGUGGGAAGGAAGGAAUGGCUAUUGCAUAUGCCACAUUGCGAAAUUUAGUUGAAGUUAAUCAAUGCCGUACUUUAUUCGCUACUCAUUUCGGCAAGGAGUUGCAACUGAUUUUGCAACUGAAUAAUGUCGAUCAGAAAGAUAUAAGGUACUACCGUACUAGAGUCUUGGUUAAUGAGCUGGAUAGCGAGUUUGAAAAGAAGUGGAUCAUCGAUCAUCAUUUAGAACCGGGAAUUAGUGAAACAUCAAACGCAAUUGAAGUAGCGCAAAUGGCAGGGUUUCCUGAACGAGCACUAGACGUUGCUCGGGAUGUAUUGUUAAAACUAUAGAGUCUAUUUAUUGCAGAGGGUUUUGUUGGUUUUGUUGAAUUUGUUGGAGAAGGAGUUGUUUCAACUGUUCAAGUUGGGCAGGAUCUACCUGGUUGGUAUUUGCUGGUGCUGGCUGAUACUCUUGAUGGUACUGUUGUUGAUACAUUGGCUGUUGAAAUUGCUGCUGCUGUGGAUAUAUUGGGUACAAUGGUUGUUGGAAUGACGGUUGUGGUGGUUGAAACGAUUGUUGGUACCCUUGAUAUUGGUUAAACUGCUGUGAUGGUCUAUAUUGUUGAUCUGCAUGGGGGAAAUAAGGUUGGCCAUAUUGUGAUUGUUGAGAUUGUUGAGGUUGUUGAUAUUGUUGAGUAGAAGUAUGGACAUAGGGCUGAUGUUGUGGUUGUGCUUGUGGUUGUGCUCGUGAAUAGUUACUAUAGUCAUGUACGUUUUCUCUUCUAUUAACAGAUGAUCUUGCAUUAUUAAUCGGGGAGUAGGAAGCAACUGGUUGGUGUCUCUUGGAGGCACUGACAACGGGUUCCCCUUGUCUUUUGUCGUUUGGUUUCUUGUUUUUAUUCUUUUUCUUCUUAGCUUGUUUAGCGGCCAAUUCUGCCUCAUCAUCAGAGAACUCUUGUUCUUCAGGUGGAAGCUCUUCAUCGUGACAAUUACUGGCAUCAGUACCUUUCAAAUGCUUUAUUGUAUCGGUAUACAAGAAUCCUGAAUCAGGAACAACAUAAUAAACAGAUUUCCCCGUUGUCCCUUUAAAUUUGGCAAAUUCUUCUUCACUGUUGAACUUCACACGAUAUACUGGUUGUUGAACUCUGCCAAAGAUUUCAAAUAAGGGACCAAUAACAGUUCUAUCAUCAAAACAAAAGAUUGAUUCUUCCUUAAGGACUCGAAAUUCACCCGAUGUUCUAGCCUUGAUGAUCAUGGAGUUUUCAACUAGACCAGUCACGAUUCCGAUUUCUUCAAUGGGUGCAUUCUCGGGAAUUUGAUAGUUUUCAGGAAGUACAGGGGCAACUUCUGUGACUUCGUGCUUGGACUUGAUGGGGCCGUCAAUGUGGUCUUCUUCUUCCUCUUCUUCUUCGUCAACUUCAUCCGCAAGGAUGUUUUCAUCAGUUUCUUCCGAGUCGGAGUCAGAGUCGGAAUCAGAAUCAGAUGCUUCAUCUGAGGAGGAGUCGGAAUCGUCUUCGGAUGAUGAUAUGUCGUCAACAUUGAUUUCAUCAUCGGAAAGAACCAAAUCUGGAGUAGUGGAUAUUUCGAAGUUGGCUUUAUCCUCGGUACUUUCUGAUUUGACUUGUUCGACUUUUGAUUCUUCAUUAUCCUCGGUUUGUACAUCUUCGGGAUUUUCUUCUCUGGUUUCCCCGAUGUUUGAUUCUUGUUGUUCUUCGAGUUCAAUUUGUUUAGAUUCUUCUUGCGUGGAUUCCUCCUGGUUUGCUUCUUGAUGUUCAUCGACCUUGUUUGCUGGAUCUGCUUGUUCCUUUGCAUGAUCCUCGGUAUUUGUGUUGGUACUUUCUUGAAGUAAUACAUUUUCAACUUGAGCAUCUUCACUUAUAGAAGCAGGUGCCUGAUUAUUUGCUUCGUUUGACUGGGUAGUAUCUUGCCCCACGUCCUCGAUCUUGUCAGUCGAUUCUUGCUCUUCUGUAUUCUGUGCUGACGAAUCAAUUUCUUGGUUCACAAUGGUAGCCUCGCUGUUCACCACCUCAACUUCUUCUUCUUUCUUUUCUAUCAGAUCAGUUGACAUUCUAUAACGUAGAUAUGACUCUUGUUUAUUAUACUUUGUAUUAGUU